CAGAUUCCAGAAACCAGCUUCCAAUAAAUAGGAAACGGGUGAGAUAAGUGGUGAUGGCUUUGUCUCUGAGCAGUAGAAUCGGAUCGUCCGUCUUAAUACGACGGCGUUUACCGAUCGUCGGUGCGUUUUGCGUGCUAAGCUUGGGUUUCUCAACUCUCUCCUUCUCUUCGUCUUCUUUCAAACCGGGUUGUGCUCAGUCCUAUUCUUUUGGCCCUCUCUUAAGGUCUAAGUUUAGCAGUAAGGCUUCUUCAUCGGGUGAAACGAUCAAAAUGGAGGAGAGCAGCAAAACUGUGCCCAGCAUUGUUGUCUAUGUCACUGUUCCUAACAGAGAAGCAGGAAAGAAGUUGGCUAACAGCAUAGUCCAAGAAAAGCUUGCAGCGUGUGUGAACAUUGUGCCAGGUAUCGAAUCGGUGUAUGAGUGGGAGGGGAAGGUUCAGAGUGAUUCCGAGGAGCUCCUGAUAAUCAAAACAAGGCAAUCCCUUCUAGAGUCUCUAACCGAGCACGUAAAUGCAAAUCACGAAUACGAUGUGCCAGAAGUUAUUGCAUUGCCCAUCACUGGUGGGAGCGACAAGUAUAUAGAAUGGCUGAAAAACAGUACAAGGAACUGAGAGAUCUCUUAGCUGUCCAGCAUCAAUGGCUUUGGAAUAUUGGUUUCUUCUACCUUUCAACAACCUCUGUGUUCCAAAUAAAGACCUGUAGAUUAUCGCCUAGCGUGUCAAGUGUAUUACCAAACCAGUUCGCUUAAUGAAAUAAGAACGUUACUCAUAUAUUGAAGAAACGACCCAUGACA